AUGUGCAUAACUUUCCCACCCAUGCCAGUUGCCCAGUGCCCGCCAUGCACAGGUUGCUCCGCCAUGCCUUUUGUGCUCCUCCGCCAGGCAUGCGUGACACUAGAUUUGUACAGAACGGUGAUGACGACGACUCUCAAUCAUGUAGGUAUACAGGUACAUGACAGGCCCAGCCUAUAGCUGCCCGGAAAAGGGCGGCGGCGUAGUGAAAUGCUGGUAAUCUCUCUUGCUUCAGUACAUGAUGGUGGUACUGUGUAGCAGGUAUAGCCAUAUAGCCAUCGCUUCCAUCAUUAGUCACUCAAUCACUGGAUCAUGUAGGAUUCGCCUGCCUUGUUGACUUUUCCUGAUUUCUUUUCUUUUUGACUCUCUCCUUCUUUUCCCCUUCUCCCUCACUUCGCAUCUAACCGCUUGCCCGUCUCCGUCUCCCCCACUCUCAAAAGGGUCUUCUCGACCGUUGUUUUGUUUUUCAGCCCAGCGCGCUGCUAGCUGCUGCUGCUAAGAGUCAGCCCCGGUUUCGCGGCGGCUUGCUCCACCCUUUCGUUGGUGUGGUGCUGCCCGGCUGGCUGUCAUCAGCCCGAGCCCUAAACCUCUGCAGCUAACUUGCAGUGCCUCCCCCCAGGAGAGAGCCUGAGCACAGGCCGCCGCCGCUGCUUCUGCUGAGCCUUCGUCCAUUUCGCGCGGACUUCGUCCUCUUCUUCUCGUUGAUUCCCAUUGCCAGUCCCCGGCGGAUACCACCACCGCGAGGGCUUCCCCACCCAACUUCCUCCCCCUCCUCCCAAGCGCUCCCACAGAAUGUAUAUCCCCAACACCACAUGGACGCGCGCCUUCAUGAUCACGGCCAUUAUCCAGGCCGUGGUCGGCAUCGGCCUUGAAGCAUAUGUCUUU